GCGAAGGAGUUGAAGGUUGGUUUGCCUGCUGGCAGGAAAGCUGAAAGCUGACAAGAGAGAUCCGCUGCAGCCGCAGUGAUUUCAGUUUGAGUUCAUAAAUACCGAGUAUGGACAACGCAGUAGUUAGCCCACACAAUAACGUCAUGAGCGGUACAGUCCGACGGAUCAAUCUAAGCACCGAUCCAGACACCCCCUACUUCCUGCGAGUGGACUGGGCCGUAGACCUGGGUGCUGGUUUCACAUUAGCGCUCACUGAUGGCAACUCAGCAUGGAUUGGAGAAGUUUCAGAAGACGAGGUGACAAAAGAGGCCAAAGAUAUGGAAGUCACACGAGGAAAAUAUGUUGAGGACCUUCUUCGAGCACUAACAGGAGGUGAAGAGGGGAGAGGAUCAGGAAGGAGAGGGGGCGACAAGAACGUGUAUUCUUUCCAACUCACACCAGACCACUGCCAGCUGUCGUAUCAGAAGAUCUGUAAUGACAUCUCGGUGCACUUGGGUUCUGUGGCGCUCCAGCCAGCUCCAGACCCUUUACAGCUGAACCGGGAGAUGAUUGGCCAGUCCCUAAAGCACAGCAAGGAUCUGGAGUCAGACAACUGCCAGCUGCUGGAGGAGAAUCAUAGACUGAAACAGGAGCACCAGAGAAUUCUUAGACAGCUGAAGAAGCAUGUUCAAGAUAAGGAGUUGUUGGAAAGGGAGCUGUAUUCACGUUUUGUCAUGGUGCUGAACGAGAAGAAGGCCAAGAUCAGAGGCCUGCAGGAUUCUCUGCAGCACCUCCAGCAGGCUGAUGACCAGCAGAGAGAGGAGGAGGCGAGACAAAGUGAUAAUGACACAAGUGCUGGUGAAGAUGAGAGUCAGGACCGCACAGCCGAGUCACUCCAGAGCAUUCAUCCGUCUCAGGAGCCCACUAUCCUCAUCACAGGUCGUAAUCUGGUGUGCCAGGGCAUCUCUCUGGACCGCACUUUUUCUGAUGAUGAUGAGGAUGAUGAUGAACAGCCAAGUCGGAAGCGGAGGAUUAUUCACACGCCGAGCCCAGAACCUUCCAUAUCCAUAUAAAACCACAGGUCCUGAGGUCAUCACAGUGUGUCUUCACACUGACAGUAAUGAACCUAUGGGGACUUACUCAGGGUCUCCAUCUGACCAUUCUACCUUUGACUUCUGGACCCUCCUGCUGUCUUUUCUGAUUUUGAUGAUACCUAUAUGUCUGCUGAAGACCACGGGUGGCCACCAGGAUAAUCCCACAACACGCGCUUGCUGGUAUUGUAAUCCCCGCAGGAAUGUCACACUUUCUCCAAGACCAAAUCAGUUUCUUGAGAUAACUAGAUAAGCAUGGCAACACAUGAGGGAGGAUAAGGGUAGUUUGUACUGAAUAUUUCAGACUGCCACAAUAGCAUGUCUUAUAAAUAAAUAUAGAAUGUUCUAUAACAUGUUUGUUUAUUUUGUGUCCUUAUUUGAACAAACUUGACGAGAUUGCAUCUUUGAUACUUUAUAUGUAUCAAUUCCAAUCAGUAGAUUUUAGUGUUAUGACUCAAGACCAAAUAAACUACUCAUUUUUUUUAUAAAUGUAAAAAAAUAUAUUAUAAAAAUGUGAAGAUGAAAAGAAUACUCUAUUUUGUGAAGUUCUGUAAAUGUUAUCCGUUGUGAAAUGCCUGAUGAGACAUAAGAUGUCAUGCUAAUUCAAUCUUUCAAAAAUAAAUGUGUUACAUUGAAAUGUU